AGCGCUUCCGGGCGGUUGCCUAGCAACCGGCUGGCGUGGCGACCCCGUGGGCAUGGAGGCGCCCGCCGGAACCGUGAGCGCGGCGGUCCGGGAGCACCUGCGGCAGCUGUGUCUGCGCGAGUUCCCGUGCGGCAUCGGCAGCUGGAAUAAGUCGCGCUUUCUUCCUCAAACUUCACGAGCAUGGCGGGAGCUGGUCCCCAGAGAGGAGGAGGCUGUGAGCCCGGGGGAGGAGACGGUGGAGGACCUGCUGGGCCUGGUCCGAAGCCCCCACUCACCCUGGGCUCUGCCAGAGGGCUCAAGUGCAGAGGACCGUUUUCUGAGAGAACUGGCCAUCCAGAACCCCCUGGUGCUCAAAGACAGCUUCUUCUACACCUACUUCAAGUCGCUGCGGGUGGUGGACAAGCAGGUAAGCCUGGUGGACAAAGACCUCCUGAAAUUUGUGAAGCUUGAAGAGUUGAUUCUGAGUGCUAAUCUAAUCAAGGAGAUUGACCCCGCCAACCUGCCCCCGACUCUCAAGGUGCUGGAACUUUACGGCAACAAGAUGAGCAGCAUGGAGUGUCUGUGCGCCGGCCCGCCCCUGGGGCUGCAGCACUUGGGACUGGGCCACAACAAGCUUCUGGGCCCGCUGGAGAGUCUGUACGUCACCAGCGACCACUGGCCCAACCUUGUCUCCCUGGACCUGAGCUUCAACGACCUGACGGACCUGCAGAGCAUGGUGGCCAGCCUCAGAACGCUCCCGUGCCUGAGGCUGCUGGUGCUGCAGGGGAACCCGCUGGCCCUGGUGCCCUACUACCGGGGCUUCACCAUCGACAGCCUGUCCCGGCUCUGCGUGCUGGACGACAUCACCGUGGCGUCCAGUGAGAAGCAUCAGUUCCGGGGGCUGAGGCACAGCGGGGAUCUCCUCACCCAGGAAGCACAGUUGGUGGUGACUAUUGGAAAUGUCCGAGGGGUUCUGGACACCUCGGUCUUGGACCCAGAACCAGGGCCCCAGGGCCCUUUCAUCACUUACAGCUAUUACGUAACCUACGAUUUUGUGGAAGAUGAAGAAGCCGAGGGAAAUGGAUACGGCGGCGUGCUGGCUGAGAUCGUCAAGCCCUCUCCCAGCACAGAGCAGCUGGGUGAGGAUGUUCCUGAAGAGGUCGUGGAAGAGGCUGAAGACUCCGUAGAGUCCGGGCCAGUCUCCCAGUCGCAGUUGGGCGAGAUGGAGGAGUCUCUGGUCUCCGGUGGGUCGGCACCCUUGCCGCGGACGUCUGUGGACUCUGCUGAAGAGCUGGCCAAGCUCCGGCCGCAUCUGGAUCCCCGGCUCUGCCCAUCCCCGGGGACAGUCCUGUUCAGCACAGUCCGCAAGCCCUGGGCCGACGUCAUCCCCUGCAACUACGAGAUGCAGCACACGCUGAGCGACCUGGUGCCGCUCAAGGCCUUCCUCAUGUCAGGAACCACCGUCACCAUCGUGGAGGAGAAGAUUCUCUCCUGGCCUGUGGUGCCGCCUUCCCCCGACAGCCCCAUGCCCGCCAAGAAAGGAAAAGGGGAGAAGGACAAGAAAGGGAAGAAGGAGAAAGAGGAGAAAGACAAGAAGGGAAAAGAUGGGAAAGACAAGGCAGGAAAAGGGGAGAAGGACGCAGCCAAGGAGCAGAAGGAGGGCAAGAAGAAGAAGGAGCUCCUGAAGGAUCUGCGUCAGGACCCGCCCAUCCUGCGCGUGCUGGGCAGCGGCCGGGUGGCCCUGGAGCCCCUGCUUGCAGGGGAGCCAUUCGUGUCCACCGUGUGCGACUUUGGGGUGAUCCGCACCUUGGAGACUGACAAGCUGACGUUUUUCAGGGAUUCAAAGAAUAAGAAAGCGAGAAAGGAUGCUAUGGAGGCUAAGAAGUCCAAGACGAAGUUGCCAGCAGCCAUUGGACCCGCCAUGCUCCGCAGGCUGGGCUGGCUGGUCCUGUACAGCCUCGCGGUGCUGCUGCUCAGCUGCCUGUUCUUCCUGAAGAAGGGGGCCCAGCCAGCAAGGGACCCCGGGGCCCACCGGCCCUUCUGGGCUCCCGCAGGGCCCCGCCGCAGCCAGUGUCCACCCAACCACACGGUGGCUAAUGCUUCCCUGUUCCUGCCUCACCGCCACCGCCUCUUCUUGAUGUACCGCCACUGCCGCAACUUCUCCAUCUUGCUGGAGCCUUCGGGCUGUGCGGAGGAUACCUUUCUGCUCCUGGCCAUCAAGUCGCAGCCCGGCCACGUGGAGCGGCGUGCAGCCAUCCGCAGCACCUGGGGCCGGGCAGGAAGCUGGGCUGAGGGCCAGCAGCUGAAGCUGGUGUUCCUCCUGGGGGUGGCGGGACCUGCGCCCCCAGCCCAGCUGCUGGCCUACGAGAGUCGGGAGUUUGACGAUAUCCUACAGUGGGACUUUGCUGAGGACUUCUUCAACCUGACACUCAAGGAGCUGCACCUGCAGCGCUGGGUGGCGGCUGCCUGUCCCCAGGCCCGCUUCAUGCUAAAGGGAGAUGAUGAUGUCUUUGUGCACGUCCCCAAUGUGCUGGAGUUCCUGGAUGGGUGGGACCCGGCCCAGGAUCUCCUGGUGGGAGAUGUCAUCCGCCAGGCCCUGCCCAACAGGAACACCAAAGUCAAAUAUUUCAUCCCACCUUCCAUGUAUAGGGCCCGCCACUACCCGCCCUAUGCUGGGGGUGGAGGGUAUGUCAUGUCCAGAGCCACCGUGCAGCGCCUCCAAGCGGCCGUGGAAGAGGCCGAACUCUUCCCCAUUGAUGACGUCUUUGUAGGUAUGUGCCUGAGAAAGCUGGGGGUGAGCCCCAUGCACCACGCAGGCUUCAAAACGUUUGGAAUCCGGCGGCCCCUGGACCCUCUGGACCCCUGCCUGUACAGAGGGCUCCUCCUGGUGCACCGCCUCAGCCCCCUGGAGAUGUGGACCAUGUGGGCGCUGGUGACAGAUGAGGGGCUCAAGUGUGCAGCUGCCCCCUUGCCCCAGCUUCGAGGGGUGGGUUGAGUGAGGGGACUUUAAUUUUCCAAUCAUGAUGAGAAACUGAGAACCUUGAAACUUGGCCCUUGAUGGUCUACAGGAAAUGCUGACUUCAUUUUUGUAACCCCCAGCAAACCCUGCUAACUUUGAUUAAAACAUUGAAACUGGC